UUCUCCCUGCACCCUCCCCCUUCAACCCCGGAUGGAUGACUUCACUUUUCCGUCUGGGUUCCCUUUAUGGUCUCGGGAUCUCCCUCUAUUUCUCACAAGAGCUCACCAGCAGGCGGACGCACCACUCCUCUCUCCAGCUGGGAACUUGAAUAUAGCCAUGUCCGAAGUGCUGCCAUACAACGAGGGGAAGAUGAACGGCUACGGGGCGGACAGUGAAGUCAGUCAGAUAUCCUUCAGCUGUCGACUGCAAGACACGAACGCGUUCUUCGGAACAUCACAGUCCAAAAGACCACCGAAACUCGGGCAGAUUGGCAGGGCAAAACAUGUGGUCAUUGAAGAUGACCGAAUAGAUGAAGUUCUCAAAGGGAUGACAGACAAGUCGACUCCCGGCGUGUAAACCUGAACGAUUAUACCUCGUCAACCUUUUCUUUUAAUCACCGGUUUGAAGCACUUGUCGCCUGUGCAUGUGAACGAGAGGUGAAGAUGAUGAUUCGGUGUACGAGUACAGGAUGAAGAGCCACUUUGGACAGUGGGUUAAAAUAGUGAGAUUUGAAGAUGCUGGCAAUUCUCCAACUGAAACCCAUCCAAAACUGCUGCUGUGAAGAAAGCUGCCCAAGAUUUCUGGUCAUUUAGCCCCUUGUCUCGUAGAAGCCGUGGGUCUGUGUGUGAGAUUUCAUCCCGACAUCAACAAAUAGAAGCCCCCGUUUCAUAGGCAUCUUUCAUACGAUGAGCUGCUCAUUCAAGGGAGCUGUCCAGUUCAGCACCUGACGCACAACUUGGCUGUCUUUCCAGAGAAAUAAGCUAUAUUUAUAUCUUGCAUGGAAAUGGGAUGAUGUAUAUAAUCGAGGGAAGAUUGAUUACAUUUAUUCACUUCCGCCACAUCUACACCCAUUCCAUUUUCAAUCCUUGACUGAUCAUAUGCCCAGAAUACAUUUUAUAGCGAACAAAGCCGCUCAGCGCCAGCAAGGAAGAGCUGAAGAAUGACAGCAAUGGAAGGAAAAUGAGAAGGAGUAUAACUUCUUGUUUGAUUUAUUGCGUCUUUUCUAUGACUGUUUUUUUUUUUGUUUGGCGUCAUGUAUAGUUUAAUAUAUACGGUUCUCUUUGCAUGAACUUUUCUCUUGUGCCAUUGCGGGAGUUUCCACCUCUUUUAAACCCAGGCACGCUUGUUUUUACCGAAAUCAGUAUUUGUAUUUUUUAUAUCUGAAUAUUUGUUACGAUAUUAUCGUCCAAUUCUUAAUAGUCCAUCGACACAGACAGGGUAUGUGUAGAUAAAGGCAUAAACAUAAUCAUAAAAGGACAGACUGAAUGUUAUUUUGGGGAAGGGGUUUCAAACAUCAGCAUUAACACGCAUUUCAUUGCAAUAAGUGAUCAUGCCUUUGUUGAUAAUGAAAUAUAAUUUCAGAGUAUGUUCAACAGCACUCUCACUGCAAUUAUAUCAAUGGGUUUUUAGCAUUUCAGUUGAUUAUUUAUUUAUUUGUUUGUUUUUGUAUUCAUAAUGUUCAGUGUAUGGUUUAUUGUGCAUGAGAUAUGAAUAUUUUUCAAGCUUAUGAAUUUAUGAAGCAAAAAACUGUACACAAAUGUCUCAACAUUCUACAAAUGAAUUAAUAAAUAAAUUCACAGGAUUCAUUAA